AUGGGCUACAAUACGCUCCACAUUCUGGCUCAACCCUCUCGGGGUUCCUUUCAGCCGCCAUUCCUAGGCGAAGAUGUUUUGAACGUCUUGGCCCAGAAUGCGUUCUCUACUGCAAAUGCUGAUACUACUCUUCGAAUUAUAUUUGAGUCAGCUGCCGCUUUUUUUGAACACCAUGGUUCCAACCUUAAGACGUGCAAGGACAUAAUCGAUCUUCGGUACAGGACUGGCGACACGGCGGUCUCUACUACUAUAGCGCUACGCCUCCAUUCUCAGGCCCUUGUGAUGCUGCGAGACCACGAGACCAAAGGUUUUGAGAAUCUUACAACCGAAUUCAGCCGCGGGACAAAAUACGCAAUAAUACGGCAGAAAUUUUGUCGCGCCGUGACGACUCGACUGAACCACAACAGUAAUUCCAAAUUUGAGGAACACUCGAUGAACGACGAGGUUGAGAGGAGCAUCAAGUGUGAGGGCGCCCCCACACUUGACAAACUCGCGGCCAUCGCCAAUAAAUACAAGGCCGAGCAAGAGAUUCUCGAUUCAGACGUUCUACUUGAGAUUAUGUGCAUGAUCUUUCUCUCAUACCUUUACUGGAAGUAUCAUGAUUGCUAUUACCCCGAAGGUUCACAGAGAAAUCUGACCAACGCGAGACCGGGCCUGAAUACAUCGUGGGCCGCCUGA